AAAUCACUUUUCAUAGCAAACUUUUACGCGCCACCGAUCUGUGCGCCCUCGCCUCCCUCCUUCACUCCGCUUGGACGGAUUCCCGGUUCCAGAUCCCCGUUAGGCCCGCGGAGGCCGCAGAACCGGAGAGCAACUUCAUCUGUUGAUCCACCUUCGCGCACUGCGCUCCGUGAUAAAUGUUUUUCCAGCUUGUUAACGCGUCUCCAUCUCUAUUUUUUGGCAACAAUCUGUUCAAAAAUGCAUCAAACGUUUGCGCGUAAAGCUGCUCUGAUAUGGAGAGGAGAGAACUUUAACCCCCCCUCGUGCGUCCUGACAAUGGCAGUGAAUGGAUGCGCGCCGCGGUCACCGGGACAGUCCACCGCCCCCUUCCUUUCGGGCGCGUCAUCCUCCUAACCAGAGGUUAUGAAUAGGAGAAGCUCUUUUGUGUGUCCGCGCGUAUAAAUACGCUCCAUCAGUGUCCCGCUCUCUGCAGACACGGACAGCCAACCAAACUGAGAGAGAAGAGGCAGAGCGGGACAGGAGGCGACGUCAGGUGACAAACGGAGAGAAGAGGGGAGGGAGAAGAGGAGAGGAGAGGAGAGGGAGCGACCUCGGAGGCAAACCCAUAAAAUGAAUUCCGACUCCAGCCCCAGCAGCAGAGCCUCUUCCCCGGACAUGGACGACAUGUUCCUGCAGCAUCACCAUCACCACCAUCAGCACCACCACGCCGGCUCCUCCGUCUCCUCGUCCACGCAGAGCGGAGAGCAGCAGCGCCAGAAGUUGAGCGGCGCCGAGCACCUGCGCCCCGGAGACCCCAAGUCUGUGGGAAGCAGCAGCAGCAGCAGCAGCGGAGGAGGAGGAAGCAACAAGUACAAGCUGAAGAAGCAGGUCACCGAGGAAGAGAUGUACCAGCUGCGCCUCAAGAUUAACGGCCGGGAGCGGAAGCGCAUGCACGACCUCAACCUGGCCAUGGACGGCCUGCGCGAGGUGAUGCCCUACGCGCACGGGCCCUCCGUGCGCAAGUUGUCCAAAAUCGCCACUCUGCUUCUGGCCAGGAACUACAUACUGAUGCUGACCAGCUCUCUGGACGAGAUGAAGCGGCUGGUGGGGGAGAUUUACGGGGGCCAGCACUCAGCCUUCCACUGCGGCACCGUGGCGCACGGCGCCGGCGCGGCCGCAGCCGCCGCGGCGGCCGCGCACCAGGUGCACCCUCUGCUCGGAGGCGCGCUCUCCUCCUCCACGUCCUCCACGCUGCCCAGCGCGCUGCCGGGACUCACCUCCAUCCGCGCGCCGCACGCGCUCAUGAAGAGCUCUCCCUCCGCGCCCCCGGCCCUGCAGCUGGGCUCCGGCUUCCAGCACUGGGCCGGGCUGCCGUGUCCCUGCACCAUCUGCCAGGUGCCCCCACCUCCACACAUCCCCAUCACCUCCACGGGCCUCACGAGACUCACGGGGGAGGCGAAGGACGGCAUGAAAUGAUGCUGACGCGCAGAGACUGACAGCUUUGUACAUACCAGGGCAUGAGGGGGAGUUCGGCCCCUCCGGUGCAUGUUACUGUUUCGUCUGUUUUCUUGUUGAACGUAUGAGAAAAAUGUUUUCCCUCCUUGUAACAAGGACUUUAAUGAAGUCUGCUGAUUUUGUCAGUUGAGAGUAAAAAAAAAGUUUUGCGUCUCCUGUCUGACAGUGAGAAGGAGAUUGCAUGAUUCUGUCUUUUUUCCAGUCGUCAAAUCGAAGAUCUGUGCCUUGUACCAAGGAUUUAAAAACAAAAAAAGUGUUUUCGCAAACGGUUUUCAGAUCACUCUCAGUUUUUUUGUUUUGUUUUCAUGCAUGGGAAUAAUCACCAGUUUGCCCAGAGACCCCGUGUCUUUAUUUUUGUACAUUGUUGAUGACUGAGAAAAAAAUAUUUAUUAUCAAGCAGCGUCUCUGGUUGAAAUUUCAAUAAAAACUGGGAUUAUGAAUCAUAAAAA